AUCAAAAAGAUACGAUAAAACGUCGGGGUGGUCAUUUCGCAAAUAUGAAUUCAACAGACCGCGUCGUGAUCUGUAGUUACAAUCACAUGUCUGUUACAGCUUUGUAACACAUACUUUCCAUUUUCCAGGUACACACUGGUACACACUGGUACAUACUGAUUUUAUAAAAUAUGCGACUAUUGUAAAGCUAACCUCUUUCAAACGAUGAAUUGAAUUUUAUGGAAUCGAGCCAGCGACCGUGGAUUUGCUAAUUCGAAUCGUAUAACAAGCGAUUAUGGUUGAUCAAAGAAUUAUAGCAAUCUGUUUCCUCGUGUGUUUUGCAAUAGUAUUUAAUUUCUCCCUUCAUCGCAUCGAGGAAGGUCAUGUAGGAGUCUAUUUUCGAGGUGGCGCAUUAUUGCCCCAGGUGAGCAACCCAGGAUUUCAUAUGAUGAUACCAUUCCUGACCACUUAUCGUUCAGUUCAAGUAACUUUGCAAACAGACGAAGUAAAGAAUGUGCCAUGUGGAACCAGUGGUGGUGUGAUCAUCUACUUUGAUCGUAUAGAAGUUGUCAAUAUAUUAGAUGCAAACAGUGUCUACAAUAUGGUGAAAAACUUCACAGCAGAUUACGAUCGCACCUUAAUUUUUAACAAAGUGCAUCAUGAGUUAAAUCAAUUUUGUUCUGUACAUACACUACAUGAGGUAUAUAUCGAUUUGUUUGAUCAAAUUGAUGAGAAUCUCAAGACUGCGCUACAAAGGGACUUAAAUGAACUAGCUCCUGGUCUUAACAUACAAGCUGUAAGAGUAACAAAACCAAAAAUUCCUGAAACAAUCAGAAAGAAUUAUGAAUUAAUGGAAGCAGAAAAAACAAAACUGUUAAUAUCCACGCAACAUCAGAAAGUAGUGGAAAAAGACGCUGAAACUGAUCGCAAAAAAGCAAUUAUUGAAGCUGAAAAGGAAGCGCAAGUUGCAAAGAUUCAAUAUAAUCAAAAGAUUAUGGAGAAAGAAUCCCUGCAACAAAUGGCAGCGAUAGAAGAUGAGAUGCAUUUAGCGAGACAAAAGAGUCGGUCAGAUGCCGAAUUUUAUCAGAUGAAAAUGCAAGCUGAAGCAAACAAAUUACUCUUAUCCAAGGAAUUCUUAGAGCUCAAAAGAUACGAGGCAUUGGCACACAACAACAAAAUAUAUUAUGGGCAAGACAUUCCAAGAAUGUUUGCAUUUGGAAGUUGCUCGAAUAAUGCCGAUCUCAAAUCUAGUAAUAACAUUGAACAAAAGAAGUUAUGAGCGAUAGAUAACAUUAGAAUUCAUAUCUCAUUUUUAUGAUUAUUACACAAAAUGAAACGUGAGAAAACUUAUCUCUUCAGAUGAAUACUUUUAUGAUAGAUGAAAAAUUGAAUUGUACAACUUGUAUUCGUGAGCGGGCACAUUUUUUCUAUAUAAAAUAUUAUGUACACGA